UGUGAACUCUCUAUUCAUGUGGAAUAAUUUAGAAAGGCUGAUACAGAUGCCCAAACCAUGGUUUUGCUAGUCAUUAAUGAUUCACUAAUGACGAGUUAAAUUGUUCAGUAAUACAAGGGUGGAAACAUUGCCUUCAAUGUACAUGUUUAGUGUUCGGCAUAAGCCUACAACAGACUCAUGCUGUCUGAAUGCACAAAGAAUCAGGAAAGUUGUGUAACCUGAGCCACUAACUUGUUCAAUCCCCUCCCUGUUCUCGUGUCACAAUACCUGCAGUGUUCCUUCCUUCUACAGGGAAGUGUCCUCAUUUAAAUGCUCACUGCCUUGGUGUAGCUACAACUUGUUUAUUUGCUCUCAAAGUUAAAUGAUAAAGGACUGAGUUGUAUAGUGAUGGUUGAUAUAAAUGGUAAACAUUCUAAUCUGAGUGGCUUUAGUUUUUAGUGCUUUUGGUUUUUCAACUUUUUAUACCCUGGACAUGGACUGGGUAUGUUUUAACCGCUUACCUAGUAGCUAUUUUCCAAGACUAGCUUAAUUCUGGGAAAGACAAGGUAGGUGGAGCUCACUUCUUGCUGCUGAUCCAAUGAGGAAAAAGGCAAUAUGCUGAAAAUGUUCUGAAAACGAAUUUGCUUUAAAAAACAAUACAAUGGGCCAUCAGAUUCUGGCAUUCAUCCUAGCCUUCAUUGGGUUCAUUGGGACUAUUGUGAUCUGUGCCCUCCCUAUGUGGAAGGUCACAGCCUUCAUUGGUGCCAACAUUAUCACUGCCCAGGUCUUCUGGGAGGGGUUGUGGAUGGUCUGUGUGAUGCAGAGCACAGGUCAGAUGCAGUGUAAAGCUUAUGAUUCCUUCCUGGCCUUGCCCCAGUACCAGCAGGCUUCCCGGGCUCUCAUUUGCUUCUCUAUCGGGGUAAGUGUACUGGCCAUCGGCCUUACCGUGGUCGGAGCGCGCUGCACCAACUUCCUCCGAGAUGACUGGCCGGCCAAGGAGAAAGCUGGCAUCGCGGCCGGAGCGAUGUUCAUCGUGGCAGGGCUGUUGUGUCUUAUCCCGGUCAGCUGGUCAGCAGCCAACAUCAUCCAGGGCUUUUACAACCCUCUGGCCACCCAAGAGAGUAAAGGAGAGCUGGGGGCGUCCAUCUACGUAGGCUGGGUGUCUGGAGUCCUUCUUGUUAUUGGAGGGGGGAUGCUGUGCAGCACAUACAGGUGUUAAGCAGGGCAGAGAAGAGAUACAAACAGCGUUACUUUUGGAAGCCAAAGCAGAUGGGGGUUAAUGAAUGCUGGUGUUUUUCUAGAUGGACGGUGGAAGACUGGGAGAAGAGCAAGUGUUAGAUAAUAAAAUGUAGUUUUGGAGGAAGAACUGCAGAGGGAAUAUUGAACCUUCCAGACAAGUCUAAAUUCAAUUCCCGGGAUUAUUCAAUUCACAUUGCUCCCACCUAGAGGAUGUUCCUGAUAGACAAAGGGAUCUCCAACCCCUUCCAUCACUCCCGAGAGGUUUGCCAAAUCAGACAGCAGCACAGACUCCUUUGGACUAAGACUGCCCAGGCAGAGACAGGUUUAACUGUAUGAUGACAAUUGACAUGAAAGUCUUGUGAUGAUAAAGCCUAAUAAGAGAUUUUAACACAGUACACAGGAAUGAAAUAUCUGCUACGACUACAUGCUGACAAAAUCAGGACUUGUGUCCUAAUGAAGACUGAUUGUAAAGUAUGUAGUCUUAUUUAUCUGAAAUAACAUAACCAAUGUUCAAAACAUAUGUUUGCCUGAUUGUGUUUAGUAACCUGAUUGGUUGAUGAUACCUGCUUUUUUCUUAGCAUUUUAUCCAUAUCUGCUUUUCUACUCUGCUGUGAAUUUGUCUUAUUGUAUUGUCCACGAUUAUGGAAACAAGAUGAAACAAUAAUGCAAAAUGUUAGAUUUUUAUCUGGGCUAAUUAUGAAUUUUAUUAAAAAGAAGUAAUGUCAUCAGUCAAAUUCUUAUUUUCCACAUAACUAGACAUAUACAUCCUCAAGCCUUUUAUUGUGGCCAGCCUUAGGCACACCUGUGCAAUAAUCAUGCUGUCUAAUCAGCAUCUUGA